CUACUAUCGUCUACCACGGACCAUCAUGGAGAGAAAUCAACCACAGACAGAUGCAUCAAAUAACAUUUUCAGCCAAGAUUCCGCGUUUUUGCAACAAUACCAAGCAGGACUUCAGAAACAAAAUGUAAAACCGACAGCCUCACAACACAUUAGUCUAUUGACGGGAAAAGUCGGUACUGGUUUUCCAAAAGACCAAACCGUUAUGCCAGGGAUGAGCGGCCAGACAAUAACACAACCUGUUGGAAGUACUGUGGUACCUAAGUUGAAACAGAAUGUUGUACAAGGAUCUCAUCCAUCUCUUGUCACCAGCUCACCAGGAUCAAUAGCACAUGCUAUGCUGGCCCGCAAUCCUGUCAGGUUUCCAAGUGGAACCCAUCCUGUACCAGGGAGGAUCAUUACCAGACCCAUUAUGGCCCCCAACCCUUAUGUCAGGAAAUGGAGACGGCUCAAAAAAGUCAUCAAGGACCUGAUGUUUGUGAAUGCUGCUAUUUGUGAUGAGGUUGUUAGGGUGGAAGAAAAAGUUGCAAAAGCUAAAGAAGAAAGACGGUUCUUGUUGCGUAAAGUAUUACAUUACCAAUCCUACACAGAGGGUGCAGCUGUGUCUGAUAAAUCCUCCCCAGGUGGCGCUUCGGUAAAACUCAGUGGCUUGUCUCCGGGAGAAAGUUCAGACCCCCAGACUGUGAAAGUUAAAAACAAAACAAAGAAAAAGGUUCCAUCUACAGAUCGGAAGAAAGCAGCUACUACAAAAGAAAUAUUAGAUGGUGUCCAGGUGAAACCAAAGAAGAGUAAAAGUCAGAUCAUCAAGAAAGUCAUACCGCCCCUACAACUUGACUCGACUGGACGUCCGGUCUUCCCUCUAGCUCUCGGGGAACUGACCAUCCACAGUAUUGGGGAGAUUGUGACAGAUCGGCCAGGAUUCCAUACUCCUAAGUGUAUCUAUCCUGAGGGUUACUGUAGCACGCGUGUAUUUGCCAGUACCAGUGGAGACGAUCAGAAGUGUCUGUACACAUGUAAGAUAUCUGACAGCGGGAAAGGACCCAUCUUUGAGAUAGCACCCGAGGACAACACAGACCGUGUACUUCGGAGUGAUUCACCAUCAGACUGUCACAACCUUCUUAUUACCGCCGUUAAUAAAAGCAGAGGAAACAAUAUGCUGGACUUGGCUGGUAAAGGAGCAGAAUUCUUCGGUUUGUCACAUCCAGUUGUUCAGAAUUUAAUACAAAGUUGUCCAGGUUCCAAACGAUGUACAGGAUACAAAUGGGUCAAAUUUGAAAUAAACAAAAUGGAAACUGUAGAAAACCUUGUCACUGAUGCCACUAACGACCCUUCAAUUAGCUUCGAGGCUUUCAAACUUUUAACAAAAGGUGCCCUGUUACCUGGGAAGGCAACAUCCCUUCUAGAGACAUCCACCAGUUUACGGUCAUUACUGACCAGUAAACCAAAUAUUAGUGGGAGUAAGACUCCUGGCAGUAAUGUGGGAUGAGAAUUGUGUAUCUACUAACUUAUCAAAGACCUGUAAACAAGGCCAUUUGUAACUUAGUUAGUAUCAUACUAUACUUUGGUCAGUGAGUACUGUACAGUAUAAUCUUGACCAGUUGUAAUUAAAGCUGCCAGUGUCAGAUGAGUGAUGCCCAUCGUACGGUCAGUGGAUUGGACAAUGACCAUAAAUACAUAGAUGAUAGGAGUUGAGUGAAUAAAAGUCAAACACUACAUCUACAAAAUGUCAUUCUACCGUCAUUGGCCCGACACGAUGGAGGCAAGACCAGCAUCAGAUUAACUAUAAUCUUGGAUGAUCAUGUACUCGACCUACCGGACUGGUCAUGUAGCAGUGUGUACUCACCAACAUCAGAUUAACUAUAAUCUUGGAUGAUCAUGUACUCAACCUACCUGACUGGUCAUGUAGCAGUGUGUACUGACCAACAUCAGGUUAACUUUAAUCUUGGAUGAUCAUGUACUCGACCUACCGGACUGGUCAUGUACCAGUGUGUACUGACCAAUAUCAGAUUAACUAUAAUCUUGGAUGAUCAUGUACUCGACCUAGUAGGCUACCGAACUGGUCAUGUAGCAGUGUGUACUGACCAACAUCAGAUUAACUAUAAUCAUUGGAUGAUCAUGUACUCGACCUACCGGACUGGUCAUGUAGCAGUGUGUACUGACCAACAUAAAAGUGCAGCCAUCAUUUAUAAUUGAUAAAACACAAUUUCUUAUCUUGUAUGUGCAAUGAAAAGCAUUUUGUAUAAAUGCUAAUUUUAACAUAGUUUAUUAACUACAUACUGUUUACAUGUGGAUGCCUUAUCCAGCAUAUCCUAUUAAUAUGGAUAGCAGCAUAUUUUUACAUGAAAACAGAACUGUUCAUUACAUUUUAUUGCUGAAAUGUACAAUAUUGUGAUAAUAAAGUGUUUUUCCUUGUAAAAAA